CCCAUUUAGUAAUCGAUGCUCUAACAUAUCAAAAAAAUUUCUUACGUGUCUAAAAAACGAAAUGGUGAUGGUGCGGCAUUUUUCUAAAUCUCUAAAACUUCUUGUUUGUGCAUUUUUGUUUGUUCUGCACCUGCAGUCGGCUAGCUCCGAAAUAAUUAACAAAAAUGUAGAUCGUGUUCUAGAUUUGUCAACACAAUUAACGAAAGAAACCGUGAAAAUUACUGCCGCUGACGAUGCCGGCAAGCAAUUCUCAAAGUAUCAGUUAAUCAUUCCCACUGAGUUGCAAUCGUCUCUCUCCUACAUUUCGGCAAAAGACUCGAAGAAAAAAGAGCUUAAAUUGCAAAAGGAGCAGAAAGACGAUGUGACAUACUACAAUGUGGAGUUACCAAAAGCCGCCGCUAGCCACGAAUUGUUCGUUGAUUUGGUGUUUAUCAAACAGUUACUACCCUAUCCGGAAGAAAUUAAACAAUCCGAUAAGCAGUUAGUGAAAUAUAAUGGCCAGCUUUACUUCUACACGCCCUAUAAAACUAGCGAACAAAAAACACAGGUUGUCUUAAGUUCCUCGAAUAUCAUAGCCUAUAAUCAAACAAAACCAUAUACCGUGUCGGGUAGUAAAAUCAAGUACGGACCAUAUGAGAACAUUCCAGCCUUCAACAAGGAAAAGCUUUACAUCCACUAUGAAAACCAAAGCCCUUUCAUGACAGUCAAUCGCUUGGAAAGAACCAUACAAAUUUCUCAUUGGGGCAACAUUGCUGUCGAGGAAAACAUCCAGCUGACCCACUCUGGCGCUAAAUUGAAGGGCUCAUUUUCACGCUAUGAAUUCCAAAAGGAUACUCGUUCCGGCCAAUCUGCCAUUAAAUCAUACAAAACCAUGUUGCCAGCCUCCGCUUUUGGUGUCUAUUACCGUGACAGCAACGGAAACAUUUCCACAUCCAAUAUGAAUGUAUUGCGGGAGUAUGUUGAUCUGGAGUUGAGACCACGUUUCCCUCUAUUCGGUGGUUGGAAGACCCAAUAUACCAUUGGUUAUAACAUGCCUUCCUUCGAAUACCUAUUCAGUGAGGGCAGCAAUUAUUUGCUGAAAAUGCGUUUGAUCGAUCACAUUUUUGAUGACAUGUUCAUUGAGGAGGCUGUUGUAAAGAUUAUCCUACCCGAAGGAUGUACUGGCAUCAAAUUGAAGACUCCCUAUGCCGUCGAGAGGCAGGAAGAUGGUUUGACCCACACCUAUUUGGAUACAUUUGGAAGGCCCACAAUUACCUUUUCGAAAAAGAAUGUGGUGGAGAAUCACAUCGCCAAUUUUGAGCUGACUUAUAACUUUUCAAAAGUUUUGCUCUUGCAGGAACCUUUGCUGCUCAUUUCAUUUGUUUUUCUUAUUUUCAUUGUGGCAAUUAUUUGCAAACGUUUGGACUUUUCCAUUUCCUCACAUCCUCAUAAAGAUUAAGAAUUCAGUGAGUGUAUGCUUUUUUAGACAUGUAAUAUUUUUAAAAAUAAAAAAAUGAAAAUUUUGGCAUUUGGCCGUAUUUUCCGAGGAAAUUUAUCUGAAGAUAAAUAUCUAUUACAAA